GGACGGGGGCUCGGCCCAGGACAAUUCGUCUUUGAAGCGUGUGGCUGUAGUCGAGGACUUCUUCGACAUCAUCUACGCCAUGCACGUGGAGAUGGGCGCUGAUCCAGGCAGAGCACCCAAACACGCCGGCCAGAAGAAGACCUACAAGGCGAUCGCUGAGACCUAUGCCUUCCUGCCCAGAGAGGCGGUGACUCGGUUCCUAAUGAGCUGUGGAGAGUGUCAGAAGAGGAUGCACAUUAACCCCAGCACAGCAGAGUUCAAAGAAAACGACCGUCCCACCUCCCUGGUCCCAGACCUCAUUGAUUACAACAUGCCUCUGACUGCCACCUACCUGAAGCAGAUGAAGCUGCAGUGCAUGACCGCCACGGAGAGGGAUGACAGUUCGGUGAGCAGCGAGGACAUGAACAUCGCUGAGCCCACGUGGGUCACAGCUGAGCAGCCGGCAGUGCCUGAGUCGAGCCCCCCCAGCGGGGAAAGAGUGAGCAACCAGCCCACCAUCGUAAAGGAGGAGGACGAUGAUGACUCCUCCGAGAGCAGCAGUGCCCACGGGGUGCCGGCCCUGACCUCCCCCGAGGUGCUGCCUGUGAACCCCACAGAUGGUGGGGCCUCCUACAGGGAGGUGACAGAGAAUGGGCUGAGCGCUCCCUUAGACUUUAGCACCACCUCGUCGUCCUCCUCAGAGGAUCAGCAGCCCGUCAAUCUGAGCGACAGACUGCUGCCGGCUGGGAGCUCGCCACCAAACUCCUACCCUGCAGACUCCAACAAGAAGUUCCCCCUGAAAACAGAGUUCACCAACAAGUCGCCUCCUUACAGCUCAGGAAGCUAUGACUCUGUGAAAACUGAACUGAGCAUGAGCGUAGAGGACUUGACCUCCGCGCGAGCACAGAUCAUUGAUGACGACGAUGACGAGCACGACGAGCACGAUGACAGCGACAAGAUCAACGACGCUGAGGGGAUGGACCCUGAGAGACUUAAAGCCUUCAAUAUGUUCGUGCGUCUGUUCGUGGAUGAGAAUCUGGACCGCAUGGUUCCCAUCUCCAAGCAGCCCAAGGAGAAGAUCCAGGCCAUCAUCGAGUCCUGCAGCCGCCAGUUCCCAGAGUUCCAGGAGCGCUCCCGCAAACGCAUCCGCACCUACCUCAAAUCCUGCCGCCGCAUGAAGAAGGGCGGCUUCGAGAUACGACCAACUCCUCCUCACCUCACCUCUGCCAUGGCUGAGAACAUCCUGGCAGCCGCCUGCGAGAGUGAAACUCGAAAUGCUGCCAAGAGGAUGCGUCUCGAUGCCUACCAGGCGACGGACGAGCUCGCCUCCAUCGACAAACCCAUCACGAGGGAUCCGACCUCUGUUACGCCAUCGGGGUUCUCCAUUUCCAGCGCAGCUUUUGCUCAAGACCAACUCUACACCAACGGAGGCCUCAACUACAACCUGCGGGGGUACGGGACCGUUGGCAGCAACCAGCAGAACUCCGGUGCCGCCCAAACCAACGGUCCCACAGAUCUGAGCAUGAAGUCUGUCAGCACAAACUCCUCCUCCUCAGCCAACAGCCACGGUCAGGGGAGCGGCGGGGGCGGGGCUUCGGCCCAGCUCAGCCCCCCGGAGGUGACAGCGGUGAGGCAGCUCAUCGCUGGCUACAGAGAGUCCGCAGCCUUCCUGCUGCGUUCUGCAGACGAGCUGGAAAACCUGAUCCUGCAGCAGAACUGAGCCAAACCGUGCCAAACAACCCUCUCCCACACGCCCCCCCAGCCUGUCCAUCUCAGUCGCUCUCAGUGUCCCACACAUCCGAGCAGACGUCCACACACAAAGACACAAUGGUACAUGAGUGAUACUUCAGUGACUGCUGUAGGUGUGCUACCUUGACUGACCCCCCCACGUUUCUGUGACCGGCCCGGACUCAUCACCGGCUGAACGACGUUUAUUGAUGCAUCUGGUUCUCUUUGACCUUAGUGCCCUGUUCUGUGUAGCCAUUCAUCCCGUCCGCUUCAUUUAU